AUGUCCGUCACGGAUCACUCCCUUCUACUAGCGGGGGUCUCUGGCGUCCUCGCCCACCACUUCUACUUCAAACUCGGCGAACACCAUCUCUACCCACUACGCUCUUUGCUCCGUUAUAUUGUCAUAAUCACCGCGAUCGCGCUGGCCCUCAGCCUCGGUAAAUCCAUAUCGCUGUAUAGCUCCAUGAAGACAACAGCAUGGAUGGUAAUCACCCAUCUAGCAGGCCUCUACAUUUCCCUAAUCCUAUACCGGGCCUAUUUCCAUCCACUCCAACACAUUACCGGUCCGUACGGCGCGAAAAUCUCGGGCCUAUGGUUUUCAUUCAGAAUGCGCCGCGUUCCAGCCUAUAAACUCCUCCGCGAUCUCCACGCGAGAUACGGACCCAUAGUUCGGGUUGGCCCGUCUAAUGUCUCUAUUAUUCAUCCCCAGGGCGUCGCCCAGAUCUACGGGUCCCGCUCGAGAUGCUCAAAGAGCUCGUUCUAUGACAAUGGCCAUCCGAUGGGCUCCCUGCACUCCUAUCGGAGCCGCUCAGAGCACGACCAGCGCCGGCGCGUGUGGAGUACAGGGUUCAGUGAUGCGAGGCUGAGAGGGUAUGAGUCUCGGAUCCGCGUAUACCGCCAAAAGCUAUUUGACCGGCUGGUUUCUCUUAGCGGAGAGGACGGGCAGCCCGGUACCAUCGACAUAAGCACUUGGUUCAAUUUCUACAGCUACGAUGUCAUGGGCGAUCUGGCCUUUGCACGCAGCUUUGGCAUGCUCGAUACGCAAAGCAAUCACUGGGCAAUUGAUGUUCUUCUCGCGGGUAUCGUCCCCUUUGGGUAUUACCUCCCAUCGUGGGUCUUUCGUUGUUUGAUCACUGUCCCCUCGCUCUCGAAGGACUUUCAUCGCUUUGUAGACUUUGCGACGCAGACGCUUGUUGAGAGGAUGAAUACCACGGUGGAAAUCCCCGACAUCUGCGCAUCAUUCCUGGCCCCUCUCAAGGGAGAGAGGCCGACGCCUGACCAGUUCAGCCUCCUAAUGGGCGACGCCAUGCUAGUCAUUACAGCUGGAAGUGACACGACCGCCACAUCCCUGACCAGCAUCGUCUGCGAACUCGCCCGCCACCCAGCGCAAGUCGACAAGCUCCGCGCAGAGCUCGAGCCUCUCGCUGCAGACGAUCCUUCCUCCAGCGAAUACCUGCACAGCCAGAUUGCGAACCUUCCUCAUCUGAACGGCUUCAUCAAUGAGACACUACGACUACACCCGCCAAUUCCAAGUAUUAUCCCGCGGGACACCCCGUCGGAGGGGAUCACGAUCACCGUUGAUGGCAUCAAAACCCAUAUCCCUGGUGGUGUGACUGUUUUCUGUCCACAGUGGGUCAUUGGGAGAUCGCCAGAAUCUUACGUAGAGCCCCUUUCCUUCAUUCCCGAACGCUGGUAUGACCGGCCCGACUACAUCAAGGCUCCCGAGGCAUACGCACCUUUCUCAAGCGGCGCAUAUAGCUGUAUUGGGAAACCGCUAGCCCUGAUGAAUAUCCGCACCACAAUCGCCCGCCUGGUCAUGACGUUUGACGUUUCCUUUCCAGAGAGUGAGAGUAAAGGCGAGAAGGUUGAUCCACUCAAUAAUGCAAAGGACCAUUUCUCGAUGGGUAUUGAUAGCAUGGUCGUCAAAUUGGUUCGGAGGGAUCAAAAGGAGAAUCAAAAGAAGGCUAAUUGA